AUGUCGUUCACGUCUCAGUGCUUACAGUUGAAAGGACAUGCUGGAUCAGCUCCUGAUCACCCGUUGGCCACAACAUGUUACGCUGCUCAGAUGGCUCAACGACAAACUAGUAGGCUUAAGACGUCCCUUACAGUAGACCCGCGUCAGCGACACUCUGAAACCUAUUGUGGAUGGAAAAUAGAAGUUUUGGUGUGUUUCCUGUUUUGUUUAAUUGCUUCAUGUACAUCACAAUGGUCCGGGUCAGGUGGAAUAUCACAUGGUAACAAUGGACCCAAGCUAAACCUUGGUCUCCAUCUUACCAGAAAAAGAUGGAAAUUCAGCGGAUCAGGAUCAACCAAUUUUGGGGGUAAAUGGAAUGUGGGUCUCAAGGCUACUUUCAAGUUCAAACGAUCAACGACAUUGCCAAUGUUUUAUCUAUCUAUCAGAGCCAAUCCAUGUAGAUUUGAACUUUACGACCAAAACAAUGAUGGUUUUAUAACUGAGGAGGAAAUUCAUGCUAUAUUUGAGAAUGAAACACUAACACGAACAUUAUUCCAGGCUUUGAGUGGUGGAAAAGAUAAUGGAGGGAUAACUAAAGAAGUCUUCGACAUUAUGUCGCCUGCUGUUAUUACAGGAUGUUAGUGGUUACUAUUUCGUAAGCCUAGAUUUGUAAAACCGCACUGGAAAUCCU